AUGCAGUAUGUGGAGAUCCCUGUUCCAUCACUGAAAAAAGGUGAAGUUCUUAUAAAAGUUGAAGCAGCAAGCAUCAAUCCAGCCGAUUGUCGGAUACAGAAGGGACUGCUACGUCCUUUUGUCCCUCAAUUUCCAUUUAUUCCAGUAACCGACGUUGCUGGAGAGAUUGUCGAGGUUGGUUCUGCGGUUCAAGAGUUCAAAGUUGGCGACAAGGUUGUCUCCAAGUUGAUAUUCUGGAAAGCUGGUGGCCUCGCAGAGUACGUGGCGGCAUCCGAGAGCAUCACCGUCCCCCUCCCUGCCGGCGUGUCCUCUGCGGAUGCCGCAGGGCUUCCCGUGGCCGGCCUCACGGCGCUUCAGGCCGUGAAGGCCAUCGGCACCAAGUUUGACGGCACGGGCGUUGGCAGCAACAUCCUGAUCACCGCUGCGUCCGGCGGCAUCGGCUCGUACGCCGUCCAGCUCGCUAAGCUCGGGAACCACAACGUCACGGCCACCUGCGGCGCGCGCAACCUGGAGCUUGUCGCGGACAUGGGCGCCGACGAGGCGCUCGACUACAAGACCCCGGAAGGCGCGGCACUGAAGAACUCUUCCGGCAAGAAGUACGACUACAUCGUCAACACCACGAACGGCGGCAAGUGGUCGGCGUUCAAGCCGAGUCUCAGCAGCCACGGCAGAGUCGUCGACGUAGCUCCCAACUUUGGGAACUUUGUCGCGUCCAUUCUGACGCUAUUCUCCAAGAAGAAGCUGUCCACGGUUAUCCUGUCGCUGGGUAUGGAGGACCUCAGGUUUUUGCUUUAG